UUUGGUUACCUUGAUCCUUUAGUGGGGAGUAAGGAUUGGGCAGGGACAAAGCUUGAAAUACCAUGCUUGGGUUUGGGCCGAGCUCUGUAUUCCACAUUGAGAGAACGUUUGAGGAGUAUUAUGGACACAUCUUUGAAUUCUCUUGAGGAUGAAGCAAGCUCUCACACCACCAAACUGGAUGAACUGGAAAGGUCGCUGUUUCGCACGGGUCGGAAGACUUUUCACGACCACCGACUUUGGCUGUCUCGUAGGGCUCACAUUGUUACCACCUCUCCUAUGGUCGAGCAACAUAAUAAAAGAAAAUUCUCUGAAAUUUCUUAACUGAUGUGAAAUUAUAAUAAAAAUAUAUUGACUAGAUUCACUUAAAUUUUAUGAUGUUGGUCUUAAUCUCAUGUGCAGAAUUCCUUAACUUGGGCCCUUGAACUUGGUUCCUGAAUCUUCUGCCUUCUAGUUAUGAGGAAAAAUAUACGUUCUUUAAAAGGAAGGAGGGGAAAGAAUGUGUGUCCAAUGUGUUACCAACUAAUUUUGUUGAAAUUUUCACUAUACUGUGCUCUUGGGUGACUAAGUGCUAUUCAAAUAUGUAGCUAAAGUUCAUUGUCUGUUGAAUUGUGAUCUUCAUGAACCUCUGGUAAGACAGCUGUUGAAUGAGUGAUCAGGAAUGUUUACUUGGGGCCACUCUACUUUGGUGGGAAACUGCCACUGUAGUGAAAACUAUUAGAUAACUAUACCCAUAAAAUUUGAUUUUGUUGGUUAUGCUUUUCCAUGAGGAAAAGCAUAGCUGGAGGCAGAAGUGUGAAAGAGCCAGGCAGUGCAAGUAGGUAUCUUGUCCUGGAAGGCAACUACCAUCCUCAGAGACGACAGAAGUCUCGCCCUUAGUGUCAGGUAUCUUGUCAUCCCUAAGGAUGAGAGGUUUGCCACUGACUAGCCCUUUCCACCCAAUAGGGAAGAAAAUUACCCUUCAGUAGCAGAAGCUUCCAAAUAACAUAAACUAAGACCUAUGAUUUGUUCAGUAGAUGGCACUGUUGUCUUAUUUCAUCCAUAAUCUUCAGCCUACAGGGCAGCAUGGUUGAUCGUGUCAGAGGAAUAAUAAGCUAGUGUAGCUUGAAAUAAUAGUUGGUGCUACAGGUAAAUUUUUGUAUAAAAAAAAAAAAUGGAAUGGGGUUAUCAGAAAGUAAGCAUGGAGGUAACAUCCGAUUCUUUGUACUGUCAAUCACCCAUCUUGGUGCAUUACACCAUUACUGUAUACUUUGUUAAUACAAAAAAAAUAUUUGACCUUAGUGGGUUUAGCACUUCUUUUUGAUCAUAUUAAUAAUAAUAAUAAUAACAAACA